CAUCAGUCUUCUAGCCACAACAAACAUCGAGGAGGAUCCGACGACUGUCAAAGCAGAACCAGAACCAGAACCGCUGCAGCUAUGGGAAAGUUCCACUCCCUGUUCGCCAACCCCAAAGACGAGAGUCAGGACGCGCUGACGGCCCCCGGAGACGGCGGCGAUGAGGACACGAAGAACGGAGACGUGUCCCAGUUCCCCUACGUGGAGUUCACCGGGCGGGACAGCGUCACCUGCCCGACGUGCCAGGGCACCGGGCGAAUACCACGAGGUCAAGAGAAUCAACUCGUGGCUCUGAUUCCGUACAGCGACCAGAGGCUGAGGCCGAGCAGGACGAAGCUGUACGUCACGAUCUCCGUGUCGCUCUGCCUGCUGCUGUCCUGCCUGUCGGUGUUCUUCCUCUUCCCUCGCUCCAUCGACGUCUCCUACGUGGGCGUGAAGUCGGCCUACGUCUCCUACGACCAGGACAAGCGGAUCGUCUACCUCAACGUCACGAGCACGCUGAACAUCACCAACAACAACUACUACGCCGUGUCCGUCACCAACAUCACGGCCCAGGUGCAGUUCUCCAAGACGGUGAUCGGCAAGGCCAAGUUCACCAACAGCUCGGUCAUCAUCCCGCUGGACAAGCGGCAGCUGGACUACAUGGUUCCCACCACCAUUGCUGACGAGAUGAGUUACAUGUUUGACUACUGCACCCUGCCGACCAUUAAAGUCCACAACAUCGUGGUCAUGAUGCAGGUGACGGUGACCACGUCGUACUUCGGCCACGUGGAGCAGGUCUCCCAGGAGAUGUACCAGUACGUGGACUGCGGGGGGAACACCACCUCCCUGCACGAGGGCGUGCAGGUCUACCAGUAAAACGAAAAUACACACGGAGAAAAUAACGCCCGACUCCCAGGGAGGAAGUGUCUGGAAACAGAGGAACGAUGGGAGGGCUUAACUUUUCUUAAACUAGUCAGUGGCUCAUUAAUUAUUAACGUAACUCAUUCACCGGACCGGUCGACGCGGGAGUUAACCUCCGGGUUUUAUCGUCGUCGUGACAACCGAACAAAUGAUGUAACGCCCUCAUCCAUACAGUCACAUGACCCCUCGUCGGGGAGCUUCACAUAUGAUGCACUUUUAACACCAUCCAUAACCUCAGAUAUUAAGUGUUGAGCACGGCUCGAUAACACUUUUUAAAAUAAAAAAACUACUACGUCUACAAGUUUACGAGGGACCCCCCCUCCUUCCUGCUCUUUCCUCUUUUUUGAUUUUUGUUUCAUUGAAAUAUGAUUCUUGAUAUUAUGGCGAUGGAGUUUUAUCUCUGGUUGUAUUUUGGGUUUCGGUAGUUUCGGUUUCUUACCUCAUGUUUAGCUCGAGUGGUUUUAGCGUGUAUUGCUGUCUUUAAAAAAAAGGAAUAAUAAUAAUUUCUCCCCCGCUGUGGGAGCGUCACACAGGUCUUUGAGGUGUGUGUGAAUGUUUACUUCACAUCAUCUCUGGAGUUUCCUUCGUUACGCGGUCACUUGAAAUACUGUGUUUUUGCCAUUUUUAGAGCUCGUCGUGAGGUAAUUCGUGUUUUGGGGUUUAAAAAAAAUAAAUAUAACUUCCUCUUUGAGAUAUUUUUGAAAACGGAUCACUUGAUGAACCGUCUCCUGUCAGGCAGCUGUUGCCUCACACACGCCCCGAAACACCUAGAAUAUUCCAAACGUGACAAUAUUAUGUUGUUAAAUUUUUGGGGGGACCGUUUAUACAAUUUAGAAAGUCGUCAUAAGGAAAGCUGAACUCCGAGCUCCGACCCUUCGUGGUAUUUGAUGAUUUGAACCCCGCUCUGUGUCCGUUAUUCCUCAUUUGUGCUCCUGAUUGAAAGCUUGCGUGUGAUUGGUCGAGAGUACCUCACAUCGUCGACGUUCUAAUUCUGCUCACAGGAGCUCCUCUGACAACUCUUCCAUAAUUCUCCUUCCAGCCAAUGUGACACGUAACUAUUGAAUAUUAAAUAAACCGCCAGACAGGUGAGAACCUCGGGUCCUCAUAAAAAAAGAGAUUUAGAGGACAGGAAUAUGAAUCGGGCAUAACGGUGAGCUAUACAGAUUCAUGUUUCUCAUGCAUGACGCUGGAAAUAAAAUCAUGGUUCGUUUUGAAAGUUUAUUUAUGUUUUUGUUCUUCUUGGUGAGCUUGUAAUAUCCUCUGUGCCCACCGGGGGGCGCCGAGUGGUCCGCUCAUCCCUCACCUUGAUGUCAUUUCACUGUGUUGUGAAUUAAAUACUUUAAAUUAUGAAAAAUGAAUGUGUAGACCUAUUUGAAGUAGCAUUUGGGGAAAAAAUAAAGAUUUUCACAGUUGGUCAACAUUUCAA